CAAAAAGAAAAAGUAGAACGGCUCCCUUUUCUUAAAGAGGAAUGAAAAAAACGAUGGCCUUCAAUGUCCCACCCAGGAUUUGUAUGUAUGCAUGAUGCAUAAACUGCAAUGAAACACUGAUUUCAUUUUCGAGCCACAUUGUUCCUAUUGUUGGUUAGAAAUAUGGAGUCAAAUCAUUAUUACUGCCGGAAUGUUAUGCAGCAGUCAUCGUCAACAUCAAAUGGUCAACCAUCAACAAGUAAACCCAAUUAUGGAGUUAUUGCUGGACAGGAAUAUGCAUCGAACCAAACGCAUUCGAUGCGAAAUGGAAACCCAAAAUUACAACAUGGGAAACAUGGGCAAAGCAUGGGCACACAAUACGGUGGAGGAGCUGGAUGUCAUAGCAGUGGGCAAUGUAGCAGUAAUGCCAGCAAUGCCAGCAAUGCGAGCAAUGCCGGCAAUCCUGCAAAUUAUAUUAAUAUAAUGACAGUGCCCCUGAGCACACUGCAAUAUAAUCGGAAAAAGCUUUCAUCUCAGGAUUAUCAAUCACAUUUAUAUUACAAUACCACGGAUGUUAAAUGUCGAGAGGACUAUUAUGCCGGCAACAGUAAUGCGCGCUUCAAUCCAGAGGCGCCAUUAUCAUCUCAACAUCAAUCACAAUCACAACAUCAACAACAACUACAACAACAACAAACGAAUGCUCACCACCUACAACAACAGCCUCUUACGCACAACCCUCAUUUAAGUCAUAUCCAGCAUAGUCAUCAAUUGCAACAUAAUCAACAGCAUCAGCAUCAGCAUCAGCAACAGCAACAACAACAGAACAUGUGCUGCUCCAGUUCGGCACUAGAUCCAGUUAACGAUGGUCCCAGCUGUUCAAUGUAUUCAAAUUCCAAUGGAAACGGACGGGUGGUGGCCACGCAAACGCAUCAGAAUAACGCGAAUGUCGUUGCCUGUGAGCCAGCGAUGACGCAAACGCCGGUAUCCAUGGGUCCUGUCGGUGUGCCUGUUCCACCUAUGAUGUAUACGGUGCAUCGUGUAGUGACCACGGCACAAAUUCAGACUGCAGCGGGUAGUACAUUUGCUUCGUCGGCAAGUGUGUCUAGUGUUGUCAGUACUGGGCGAAAUGAGAACGAAUGCGGCUUGGCCUCUGCUCAAGUACCGUCAGGAAUGGCUGUGACAUCUAAUGGUCCUUGCCACAAUGGGCUUAAUCUAUCAGAUAUGAGCGGCAAUAUAAUUAACAAUGCGAAUGCCAUUGGUCAGAUGUCAAACCUGCGAAGCCCUUCCGGUGUUCUUACCAAUACACAAUUCAUGCCAGUUCAACAAAAAUGCAACAAUGCCAAUGACGCUCAACAUGUUCCCGCAAAUUCAAAACGAAUGCCUAAUACAAGCGCCACUUCCAAUUUCACAAGUGCCGGAAAAUCCCCCUCAGUAGUAGCUCGUGCUCUACAAAAUGUGAUUCCAACAUGUGUAUAUCUUAUGUCGCGAGUUGCCGUUCACAUGGAGAUCGAGGGCACAGCGCAGUGUCCCUCGCAAGUCAUGCUGGCAGCUGCUUUAGGAUGUGAAGAGCUAGGGAUUUCUAACAAAUUGCUGGCGCAAAGCAUAUUCGGAUUAUGGAUGACAAGUGCCCUAUUGGAAAUGCAGCUGAAAGCUCAUCACUGCCCUUAUAUUGUACGCGUGGCGUGGCCAAAUCUAUUGGAAAAGUUCAGCAAUAGCAGCCCAAUCGAUCGAAAAUAUGAUGAACCCAUGAUAAUGCUGAAACGAAAUGUAUUUUUUUCAAAACGUGAUGAAGAGAAGAUAAAAGAUCAUCGAAUUUUGGAGCUUCUGUAUGAGGAAGCAAAGAACAACGUGUUAAUAGGUAGAUACAUAAUGGAGCCCGUGCAUUCUCUUAUGUUGGGUGGAAUUCAAGCUCGAAUCGAGCUUGGCCCAUAUAAUUCUCACACACACACAAUAGGAUUCUUUCGUGAAAAUCAGUCGAGGUUCUUACCAUCACAUGUUGCCAAGAGUUCGAGUUGGCUGUGGCUGCCAAUAAGUCAAAAGAACUCUGCAGAAGUUAAGCUCUUAGAGCAGUUCAAGCGAGUCCCCCAGACAGCUACAACUCGCAAACUAAUGCGAAAAUAUUUAGAGUUUUGCUGGGCACUGCCAUUUUAUGGGGCUGCAUUUUUCCAUGGACAAAUGGAGCAACCUGUUAGAGGAAUCAUGUCCUUGAUGAAUCAUAGAGAUAUGGAAGUUUUGGUUGCUGUUAAUGAGCGAGGUGUAUAUAUAAUAGAUACAUUAGAAAGCACGUUGCUCUUGGGACUACGGUACGAGGAUUUGUCUUGGGAUUAUGCAAAACCAAGUGCCACUGACGAUCCGGAAUGUCUAACAUGCAUUUUCUUGCAGUUUGAUGCUGUUGAGAAUGGGAUUCAAGUAUCAAAACUUGUUCAGGUAUUUUCAAAGCAAGCCGCUAUGAUUGACGCACUUAUAUCACACUUUACGGAUCAAAUAAAGAAUCGAAAGCAAGAGGGAAAUACAACAGAAACAUUUCAUGAUGAACCAAAUCUAAUACAAAAUAAUGGGAACGGAGUAUUAUGCAAUAAGCUCUCAAGAUUGACUUUGGCAACGUUCGAUGAGGAGGGCGGCCGAUGCAUAGGGCAAAUGGGAUCACUAUCUAUAAGCUAUUAACAUUUGUUGCUAAACUUGUAAAUGAAUUUGUUUAUUUAAGGAGUCCAUAAAAUGUAGGAGGUAGUAGGAUGACUGUUAAUAUUAUAU